AUGGGCUUAUAUAGUGAUCGUGAAAAGCACUAUACUGUAUCAGAUAUCGAGCUCGAAAAAGAGUUGAAUAAGCCUGGAAGUUUCAAGAAUCUGGCUCUUAACAACACUGGUUUUGAAGAUUCCAAGAGAACUUGUGUUUAUUACUCAAAUUGGUCCAUUUACAACGAUAGACAACACUUUCCAAAGGAUAUUCCUCUUCAACUAGUUACAAAUGUAUUCUAUUGUUUCAUGAAUAUCAAUCCCAAAACAGGCGAGGUUUCCCUAAGUGAUGAGGAGUCAGAUGUUGAGAUUGCUUUGGAUUCGAUCAAUAAUGAUGGAAGUAAAGUGAGUGGUAUUAUUGGGCAGUUUCAAGAAAUGAAAUCAAAGAAGCGAAGUUUCAAAUUAUCAAUGUCUAUCGGUGGACAAUCCAAUCAUGGGCAAUUUACAAAGGCUAUGAAAUCCAACAAAAAGUUGGAGAGGUUUGUUGACUCCUCUAUCAAUCUUUUAGUUGAGCAUGGUUUUGAUGGAAUUGAUCUUGAUUGGGAAUAUCCCGAGACUGUGUUUGAAGGAAAUCAAUAUUUGAGAUUAGUGAAGCGAUUGAGAAAACGAUUAGACGAUCUUGAAGACGAAAAAGGUCUUGAAAGAGGGAGUCUUUUAGUUACCAUGGCAUCUCCUGGUACUGAAGAAUUUUCGUCCAAGUUAUUUAUUGAGGAGUUUGACAAGUACUUAUCAUUUUGGAACUUGAUGACGUAUGAUUUUGCUGGAGAAUGGUCAGAGAAAGCAGGUUAUCAUUGUAAUCUUUAUCCUACAGAGGGAGGAGAAUACUCUGGGGAUCAAACAGUUCAGUACUAUUUAUCAAAAGGAGUGAGACCAGAGAAGCUAACGUUGGGAAUGGCGAAUUAUGGACGAGGAUUUUUAAAAACCAAGGGACUUAAUCAACCAUUCCAUGGUGUUGGAGCUGGGUCUACAGAUGAAGAAGGUAUUUGGAAUUACAAUUUCUUGCCUUUAGAAGGAACAGAAGAAGAAUAUGACGAAGAUGCAGUGUCAGCGUAUAUAUAUGACAGUGAUAAGAAGUUCUUUAUUGGGUAUGACAAUCCGGAAAGUGUUCAAGCUAAGGCAGAGUAUGUGGUAGCAAAUAAACUUGGAGGAGGAAUGUGGUGGGAAUCGUGUGGUGACACCUAUGAUGAUAAAGAACGAUCAUUGCUUUAUACAUUUGUGGAAGCAAUUGGAGGAGAGGACAUGUUGGAUUCCGUAUCUGAGAAUUGGGUUAAUUUCAAGGAAUAG